AUGGAUAUCGAGUCCGAACCAUGCGAGAACCUUCGCACACUCACAAAGCUGGAAAUGUUGCGCGAGCUCACUGUUCGUCGCCAAAAGCUACCAGAUUCGGCUACGCAGCUUUCGAGGCCGCAGUACCUUACUCUCCCGCCUAUACGCGAAAUGCCGCCACAGGCCCGAGUAGGGUAUCCAGCGUUUGAGGCCAGAUUCAAGGAAUUGGAGAAUGCAGGGCUGAUUGAUGGCACAGGCGAAUGGGCGGAGGAGGAGGACGAUGACGAUGAUAGCGCACCCUCGAACAAUUUACCGCAUCCCCGGUCUCAUGUCUGA